AUGAAUGAACUAGUAGGGUGAUUGUAACAUUGACUGACGGACUGGCUGACAGUUUGUUCAACUCACUGGCAGACAGACGUUCAAUGUUCAUGGUUUCAAUAGAUUUAAUGAGCAUUUGUUAAACGAAUAAACAUACAGAUGAGAGCAGUUACUCACUCAUACGUAAAGUGUAUUUAUUGUAUGUGUGCGUUGUGUAUUUGUAUCUGAAAGAAUCAUAAUUUUUUUUCAAAAAUACUUUAUACGCAUUUCAUUUAUUCGCCUGAAACGUUGUUGUCAUCCAUCUAGCCAACGUCCGUACCGUACGUAGUAAAAAUUCGUAAUAGAAAUAGAAGUGCUUACUAGUAAUACGUAGUUGGAGUACGUUCUUUACAAUGAUUUUUAUUGCGCAGGUUGUUGUUGUUGCGUUUCCCUAGAAAUCCAACAAUAUACAAUACACAAGAUUUUUGUUAAAAUUUUGUUUCUUCCUACUGUUUUUGUCAUUAUUUUAUAUUUUGUGUGAAAAGAAGUUACAAAAGUUCUUGAACAUAUAGAGAAAAAACUGUAAAAAAAAUCAAUGAUUAAAUGUGAAAAUUAAAUUAAAAAAAGUGUUUGAAUUAAUUUAAAUAAAUACAUAUACAAAAGAAAUACGAUUACAAGUAAUUGGAAUAAAUUUGCAUUUAUUAAAAAUGAAAAUAUUUUAAACUAUAGUAAAAAAAGAAACUGAAAACAUUUUCUUUUCAAACGGAUGCCAGCAAUAUCCACAAACCUGUAUUGUUCCUGAUACUUUACAUCAAACGUCAAAGAACCCAAUAAAGAAAAAUGGAUAAAAUAAAAACAACUCACAAGUUGGAAGCACUAAGUAACCCUCAGCUAACAUACAAAAUGAACAAUAUGCUGGACAUGGCCAAUGCUUUGGAGUGUGAAGAGCAGCAGCAGCAGCAGGAGAAAAAGCACAACUUUUUGUGGAACAAUUUGCCCAAUGAAUUGUUGAUACAUAUCUUUAAAUAUUUGCCUCAUAGUGAUUUACAGCAGAUACGCUUAGUUUGCAAACGUUGGCAUGAUUUGACCCAACUGCCCGAAUUUAUGGGAAAAUCCAAAUUAAUCAUUAAUCGUGACAACAUGGCCACUCUGCACGAUUGCUUGGCCAAUGAUGAGGAGUUGGCUAGGAGACUGUCGUAUGAUACUUUGGAAUUACAUGGUCUGGAAUUAAGUGAUGAUUUGCAAUUGAUUUUGAAAGCACUGGGAACAAACAUACACAAACUGCGCCUGUACAAAUCACCGGUAUUCGCCAUUUUGAAUGAGUGUCUGCCGGAUUUGGAGGAAUUGAUUGUCACCCAUAUACCCACCGUACAAAGUGAUAACACAUUUUCGGUUAAUUUAAGUAAAUUUCGAAAUUUCAAAUCAUUAGAUAUAAGCUGCAGUAAUGUGACCACUUACAUCAAGACCCACAUGAUAUUAAAUUUGACCAGAGAGUUAUCGCUGGUAAUGGAAAAACUUUGUAUAGAAUUGAAUCGGGAACAUGAAGAACUGCUGAUAUAUACUUUACAAUUUCAUAGCAAUUCUUUGAGGCAUUUGGAGAUUAUAUUAAGAUCAAAUCCUGUAAUGAUUUCAAAAUGGAAACAGGUGUUUGUAUUGUUUAAAAACUUGGAAACUUUAAAAAUUACGGGAGUUUCCUGCUAUCAAUGGUUAAAAGAGAUUAUGGAGUGUUUGCCCAAGGAAGCUCCUCUACAACAUUGUGACUUAAGCGGUGGUCUGCAAGUGGAUGAUGCUUUAUUAAAACUCAUAAUUCACAAAUGGCCCGAGACUUUGGAAAAUAUGGAAUUGAUGUUUUGUAAUUUAUUAACAGAUGAGGGUGUCAAACAUUUUGGUUUACUACGCCAUACACUGCGCUCUUUAAACAUAUCCCACUGCUCUAAAGUAACGGCUAAAGGUUUGCUGCAGGGUUUGGCGUCACAAACUAAUAACACUCUUAAAACCCUGGUACUCAAUGAUAUGGCCGAUAUGGAUGUAGAGUCGGUGAGACUAUUGGCUCAACGUUUACCUAAUCUGAACUAUUUAAGUUUGGAAAAUUGUCGUGAAUCUGUUACAGACUCUACAUUAGAAUGCAUCUUUCGUUAUCAACUAAAACUGCAGCAUUUAAUAUUAGACGACUGUAUACGCAUUACCGAUGAAGGUCUUUUGGGUUUCGGAGUUCAAGCCGCCCCCAUUAGCAACCUUAGGGGUUUACAAUCUCUCAGCUUAAGGGGCUGUCGUAAUCUCUCCAAUCGUGCUCUUAUAAAAGGUUUAAAAUUUACCGAAUUACGUAAAUUAGUUUUAGGCUAUUGUCACAAAAUUUCUUCCAUGGGCAUAGAGGAAUUGGUGGAAAAUUGUCCUGCCCUUGAAGACUUAACCAUAUCUAGCUGCCUAAUGAUAGAUGACGAUGCCAUGCUGCAUAUUGCCCAAGGACUGCCACGUCUCAGACGCCUUAAUGUUAGCAAUUGUAUUAAUUUAACUGGCAAAUCUAUAGAUUACGUAGUCGAACUAUGUAAGUCUUUGAAAGAACUUUCCAUGUGCGGCAUUGAUUCGUUGGAAAUCCAGGAGGUACAAGAAAAGUUCCUACAACUGAAACCUCAAAUUUUGGAAUUGAAUUUAUAGUUACAAGUUCAUUAUAACAUACGUAUACAAUAUAGAGGCAUAAAUCCCCAACCGAAACCGAGAGACUUUUUCUAAAAUUUGUAUGUUUGUUUAGGCCUCUAACUACAGUCUCUCGUUUUAUUAUUGUUUUAGAUAUUUUGACAGAACUGUGUUUUAUUUUUUAAAAAAUAUUCUUAUUCGUAGUAAUAUUUGUAAAUUGUUUUAUUAGAUCUAAUUUAAUGAUCAAUCAUGAAUUGUUUUAUUUUAUAAGGUGUAAAUAAUAAAUUUAAGUUGAUUUUGUUUAAAGUUUAUCUUGGAUUUCGAAAUUGAUAUAUCUAGAAGUAAAAAUACUACAGAUUAUAUAUAGAUAAUUAUAGAUCCCUUUCAAAAUACUAUAACUUAAUUAGAUCACUGUUACAAUUCCUUUAAGGUAUUAAUGAGAAUUUUCUAGGUUAUGAAAUCUAUUCACUGGUCAGUUUCACUUCCAAGAUCUUCUUUAUUAAUAUAUUUAUUAAUUAUUCAAAAUUAUUUGUGCAAUAUUAUUAUAUUUAAUCAAAUAAAUAAUAGUUAAAUGUGUACCAAAAUAAAAAAUAACAUUUAUAAAAGACAAUAUUUAAUCCGUACCAAUAACACCGUAUUUAACAAUAAUCCUACUUUUAUAUACUUAUAUAUUUAAUGAAAUCUAUAUAUAAAUAUAUAUUUUUAUUCAUAAUCAAAAUUACUUAACAUUUUUUUUAAGAAUAAUUAUUUAAAUCAAUCAAUACGUAUAUGUAAUCUUUAAGAUAUUUUAUGUACAAUUUAUAAAUCCAAUAAAAAAAACAAAUAUAUAUUAAAAGUAUAAUAAACGUAGUUAUAUGGACUGUUAUAC